AAAUUAUUGCCUGUUUACUUGCAAAUAUCCAAAAUUAGAUUAACAGGCCUUGUACUGUUAACCUCUAUUGGUGGAUAUCUAUUGGCCCCUGGUGAUACUGUCCUAUCCUCGUUGCUAUGUACUAGUUUAGGCGUUGGAUUGAGUGGUUGCUCAGCAAAUGCUAUAAAUCAGUGGCUUGAGGUACCUUAUGAUAGCCAAAUGGCUAGAACACGAAAUCGAGUAUUAGUCAAAGGACUUAUCACACCCGUACAUGCAAUGACCUUUGCUACCCUAAGUGGAAUUUCUAGCGUAUCUUUACUCUACUAUGCUGUAAAUCCUUUAACUGCGUAUUUGGCCGCUUUAAAUAUAUUUCUAUACACUUGCAUUUAUACACCAUCAAAGCGCUUAGGAAUUGGUAAUACAUGGCUUGGAGCGAUUGUCGGAGCAUUACCACCAUUGAUGGGAUGGGCUGCAAAAACAGGUGGAAUCGAUAUUGGAGGUCUAGCUUUAGCUGGUAUACUUUACUCAUGGCAGUUUCCACAUUUUAAUGCUUUAAGCUGGAAUUUAAAAGCGGAUUACUCGCGAGCAGGUUAUCGAAUGAUGGCCGUAACACAUCCAGAAUUAUGUAGAAGAGUAUCAUUAAGGCACACUUUGGCUCUAACGUUAUUAUCGUGUCUUUUACCGAUAUGUCAGUUGACACCCUGGUGGUUUGCCCUGUAUUCAUUGCCGACUAACGCGUGGUUUACGUGGUUAGCGUGGCGAUUUCAUAAGGAUGCGAAUAAUCAAUCAGCAAGGAAACUGUUUAGGUUUAGCUUAUACUAUUUACCCUUAAUUAUUGGUACAAUGUUUGUCAGUAAAUUAAUACAUAGAGAUGAGAAGCCUAAACAAGAGAAAGAUGAUAAAAAUUAA